AUGUUGAACCGCCGGGGGCCGAUCUCGAAAAUCGUCGGCAGCGCUGUCGAUGCCGCAAAGAAAUUCCAGGGAGAUCAGAAACACCCAUCAGCGGCGCAACAGAAAAACAAUGUGCCCAUUCAGACGGCCCAAGCAGGAUCAUCAGUCGCAUCUGGUCCUACAAAAGUAGCCCAACAGCAGGCAACGGGUGAUGAUUCCGAAGUUGACGAUGAUUGGGCCCUAUCGCUGGACGAAGCCCAGCACGCUCUAUCACAGUCCUCCGGCAAUCAACAUGGAGCACCAGUCGGAGAUAUCGAGGGAAUGCUGGCACAGUUCAUCGUCCAACAUCCACCACCAGAGGCAUCUAACCUCGGAAGCGAAAGGCAUCAUCUCCCAAUGCCAGUCAUACUCCCUCAACGUCGGCCCGAGGCUAGACAUCGCGGUUUCGUGCGAGCUUAUGCCCCAGUCCUAGAAGAGUGCGGCAUCGAUCAAACUUCCUGGCUCGAGUUCCUAGAUGGCUUCGAGAGCAGCAUCAAAGGAAGCCCGUGGUUCGGGGUUGUGAACGCCGGCGUCAUGGGCGCUGAUCUCGCCCACACCGUCGUUGGUGGGUUCGCGCCUAUUACAAUGCUUGUGACGCUCGCGGUGCAGACGGGGCUCGAGACGUCUCGCCGGGGCUACGUGAACUACAAACAAAACAACUACCUCGAAGUCAUGAACGAAAACUUCUUCAAACCUCGGGGCUUGUAUGCUCUUAUUGUCAAGUACAAGCCGUCCAGCAGCGAAGUCGUAGAAAAUGUCGAUUUGAAUUCAAACAUCACCCAGGCCGUGGAAGGCAGUGAGAAACAGAGCAAGUGGAAGAAGUUGCUGUACUCGUCAUCUACCACGACGAAGAGCGAGGCCGAGAUACCCGAGCCAGCGCCGCUGGUCUUUCCUGAACUCGAUAAGAUGAAUGAGGGGCAAAAGCAAAACAUGGUGAAGAAGUUUGGAGACUCCAUCUCAAAGUACUACGACCGAAAGGCUACGGACAGAUUCAGGAAAGAACAUCCUGACUCGAAGCUCAUGCCGGAAGCCUCGUCUGAAGAAGAAGGACCAGAAGCUUCCAAUUCGACUGAGAGCCACAAGGGCCCCAUUGGACGUCUGAAGCAGAGACGACAGCAACGUUUCGAAGACUCAGGCAGGGAGCCGAAAUUUGGAAAGGAAGCUCGCGAGAAGCGGAAGAAUAACCGGCCGCUGAAGAAGUUGAUGCGACAAGAUGCUCUCUACCUAAUGGUUGUCAAUCUUCCAACUUCAAAAGAGAUGGAUGCGGUUCUCGCCCAAGUUGAGGGUCAGUCUUGA